CGACAACCAUCUCAUUUCUCACGAUAUAUAAAAUGUACUAACUCAGGAAUCGAAAAGAUUUCAAGAUGCGCCAUGGCACCAUCUCAACUCUACUCUUCCUGUCCAGUCGACAAAUCAAGAGCCCAAAUCCGGCUCAUCCAUCUACAGCCUUGCCUGCCAAGCCUCAGCGAAACGGACAUCGUUUGCACGCUCCAUCUAGCCAAUCUUGAAGAUGAGACGACUCGGUACCAAGCACUGUCAUACGAAUGGAAACCUGAGGGGUCAUUCUUCGAGUUCUCUGCUGUUAGCAAAUACUGCAUGACGCUCAAUGGGGACCAAGUACCGAUCCGAGAAAAUCUAUAUCGAGCUUUGUGGCAUAUACGUUCUGAGACUGAAAUAAUCAAGCUCUGGGUCGAUGCUUUGUGUAUUGAUCAGGAUAAUGAGAAGGAGAGGAAUCAUCAGGUCAACUACAUGGGCGCUAUUUACAGCCGUGCAGAGAGUGUCUUGGCCUGGCUUGGGCCUUCAGAUCAGCCUCGCAUCCGCCGUCGAAUCCUAGCCGGUUCGGAUGUCUCCAAGGCGGCUGGGCUGCUGGCACUCUACCAGCGACAAAAUGUCUUCCCGCGGGAUACAUCGAAUGAGGCGUGUCGAAGUGUGCUCUAUCUGUGCCGGAGGACUUACUGGAGCCGGCUAUGGAUAAUCCAAGAACUCGUCCUCGCCCAACGAAUCGUGCUCGUCUGCGGAGAUAUGAGAAUUCCAUGGGACAGCCUCGAGAAAUUCUUCGCUCGACCUCCCAUCGGCGAAGAGCUAAGAGGACUCGGCGCCUCCAUCGACCCCCUACGAUCCAAUCGGCAAACUGCCCGAGUGGAAAUGUACGACUUAUUAGAUACCGUCCCAGCCAAGAUCUUGCAACAGAGAGUAAAAGCUCAUCAAGCUACCCAACCGACGGAGGUCGCUACCUUAUUUGAACUGUUCCAUACGUAUAGAAGAGCUUCGUGUACUGAUGUGCGGGACAAAGUCUUUGGUCUUCGCAGCUUGAGUCGGGAUUGUUGUCAAGCUAGUCUGAGAGUCGAUUACUCGCAGUCUCCCGCGAAAGUGUGGAGGUCGGUGGUGAAGCAUUAUCUUGUCUCUCAUCAGGAAAUAUUGAUCUCGAAAGGAACCUCGUAUCAAGCUGCAUUCUAUAAGAUGGCGCGAGAUUUGUUCUUCGUGAUGGAUGGCGGUAGUGAAAUGGUGUUGGAUUUCGCGGCUUGGCAUGAAUUAGAAGAAUUUUCUGAUUUUUUCAACGACGCGAAGACAAAGCGGGUGGGAAAGGGCCAGCAAGAGGACUUCAAACCCGCCAAGGAUAACAAAGAGAUGGUUGCUGGCCUCGCUUUAGGGCUCGACCAAUACUCGUUCAAAUUCGACGAUCAAAUCAACAGGUUCCACCUCAAACGAUCCGCAGAUGAUUUUGAAAUACUGCUGUAUGAUUUUACGGGCGGAAAACAGGAGGGAACUUUCUCUUCUAGUGGAUGUUUCUACGUUGCACGCUCUCCCGGAUUUCAGGUUGGAGGUUCUAUUCGCAAGGUCAAUGACAACGAGUUCCUAGUCCUCCGUGGCCGUGACACGAAUCUGGAGAUUGUCGGCAAAGCGGCGAGGAGAUAUCCGUUGUUUGUUCCUAAGAAGCAGCAGAUGGAUACAUCGAUGAUUCUUGAACUGAAUAUGCAGUCGGUUGAGAGAUUGUGUCGGCUUAAUUUUGAGUCUUGCGGCUUGAGGUCCAUUCUAGCUUCGCAAGAUGUCGAUUCCAUCGAGACUCAACAAAUUGGCUCGGAGAAAUCUCUGGAGUAGAUAUCUCCGGAUUGGGACCACCCAAUAUCCUGUGGAAAAUGUGCAGUGCCUUCGAAUCAUGGGUUUCAAUGUUUGGAGCUUAGAGAAACUAAUGAGAGCCGGAUCUCGGAGCAUGGGUGGAGAUCGUUGACAAUUAAUGAGGCUCUGGAGGGCUGGAGGAAGAAAGAUUAAUGAAGAGGGAUUAGCGGCGCACAAGCCAGGAUUAUAAAUGAUAUUAUGACACUGUAGCGGAACUACCGCUCUGAAUAUUGAGGGCAGGUAAUGGAAGAUCUUUUUCCCUUCAAAAUUGCAAAGAGAAG